AUGCUCAGCUCGCUGCGUGCAGAGAUGGUUCGAGAUUCUGAGAGCUCGCCGCGAGGAACGUUUGCGGUGGGAGAUAGGCGCGAAAGGAAGGGAAAGGAACGCAACGGCGUAACGAGAAAGGGAAAGGCUUCUGCCGCAGCAUCGGUUGAGAGAGGUAAAGGAUCGGUGGAGAGCAGUGGAAGAUUCAAGAAGCCGGGGGCUGCGGAGGACGAGGAGGGGGGAGAUCUAGGUGGCGGGGACAGAUCGACGCACGCGCGGAGGGCGCGUGGCGGAAGGAAAGGGGUGCGUGCGGCGGAACAGGCGCGCGGAAGUCACGGGAAAGAGGAGACAGUGGGCGAAGGAGGGGGUGGUGUGAGGGAGCACGGGGCGGCGAGAGGGGCGCGUGAGGUGGGGGAAAGGGGGCGACGAGGUCGCGCGGGUAAGGCGAAGGCGGAAGAACGCGCAGAGCGCUCAGAGGAGCGCAAGGGCGCAGUGGAGGGCAGAAGCGGGGCGGAACGAGGCAGGGCGGAGCGGAGUCUGUUGCGCGGAUUGAGGUUGGAGGACUUCCCCCCGGCGGAGCAGGGCGCGUUAGUGGCGGAGAGGCAGGCGGAGAGUGAAACUUUAGAGGAGGAGGAGGAAGGGGAGGGGGAGGAGGAGGUGCGGGGAGGAGAGGAGGAAGAGGAGGUUGAGGGGUUGGAGGGAGGGAGUGAGGAAGGGGGAGGGGAGAAGGUGCAGGAGGAGAUUCAGGGGCUGCUGAGGGAGGCGAUAGCUGCAGAAGAGGCGGAGGCUCGGCAAACAGAGGCUCGGCAAACAGAGGCUCGGCAAGUCGAGGCUCGGCAAGUUGAGGCUCGGCAAGCUGAGGCUCGGCCAUUACAGGCGCGGCAACUAGAGCCACGAUCUGCUCCAACUGUAGCAGCUGUAGCAGGGACAGCAGCAACAAGGGAAGUAACAAGGCGAGUGAAGAGGGGCUGGAUAGAAGGGGUGAAGGGAAGAGGCAGGGAGGGAAGAGACAGAGAGGGAAGCGGCGGAAAGGGAAGGUCAGGCAAGUUGGAGGUUGCAGGGUGGAGAGGCAUAGAGGGUGAGGAGGGAGGGAAAACAGCAGGAGAGGGAGGGAGGGCAGUGAGGGUGGUGGCAACACGCACGCACACAGAGACAGUACCUGUGUCUGAAGAGCAGCAGGUGGUGACAGUCACAGAGACCACGGUGCAACUGCAGGUGGGUGUAGCGAGGGGCGAGGGUGCAGCGAGUGCAGGUGAGGCAGAGGCAGAGGAGGAAGCGCUUGAAGGUGAAGCUGAUCGUACCGAGAUGGCUGGAAGUUCAGAUGCCCACGCCCCUGCUAAGCAGCAGCAGCAGCAGCAGCAGCAGCAGCAGCAAGUGGCAGCAAGUGGGAACGGCGCAGCACCUGCUGUGCCCCCUGCUUGGCGCCUGGACGACCAGCAGCCCAGAGAAUCAGGUCAGGGAGAGAAGGGCCUAGCGGGGCCCGGGGUGGCGGAACAGAGCACCCCAACAGCGGACAUUGGGGCGGUUGAUGCUGCUGUCAGUGGGCCGCGGGGUGUCAAGCGCUCUGCUGCUGCGAUGACCCACGCAGGAGUAGGGGGGGCUGGAGGAGUCGGGGGGGCUGGAGGAGUCGGGGGGGCUGGUGUGGGUGGGCCUAGUCUUGCUGAGCCCGGUUUGGCGCCCGGUGCGGGCGGGUCCUCUCUCGUAGUUUCUACCCUCGGCGUCUCUUCUUUCAGCGGCCCUGGGAUGAUAGGGCUGGGUGGGAUGGUGACAGCAAUGGACGAGCGCAUGAUGGAGGUGGUGGUGCGGCAUGCCCUGCAGGCGAGAGAGGAGGCGCAGAGGAGGAAGGUGCAGGAGAGUGCGAGGGCUGUGAGGGACAUGCGGGGACGGGUGGAGAGGCGGAGGAGGGAGGCGAGGCGGCUGGAGGAGGAGCGGGAUGAGCGGUUGAGGGAGAUGGAUGAUGCGGUUCAGGAGCUGGUGGCGAGGGCCGAGAGCCUUGAGAGGGCGGCGAAGGAAGCGCGAGGGGUGGCAGAGAGGGCAGAGAGGGAUAAGGCAGUGCAGGAGGCGAAAAUCAGAGCGAGCUAUGAAGUAUGUUGGGGUUGUGUGUUGGUGCGGAGGGGAGGGGGGGGGGAGAAAUGUUGGGAUUGGGUGUGUAUAGUGGGGGGGAAGAUGUCGGGGGCUGUGUGUGUGUGGUGGGAAAGAAGGGGGGAAUGUAAAGGGGGGGUGAAUGGGUGGAUGGGAUGGGUGUGUGUAUGUAUGUUUGUACUCAUGUGUGUUCUCCUCCACUCAUGUGUGUUCUCCUCCACUCAUGUGUGUUCUCCUCCACUCAUGUGUGUUCUCCUCCACUCAUGUGUGUUCUCCUCCACUCAUGUGUGUUCUCCUCCACUCAUGUGUGUUCUCCUCCACUCAUGUGUGUUCUCCUCCACUCAUGUGUGUUCUCCUCCACUCAUGUGUGUUCUCCUCCACUCAUGUGUGUUCUCCUCCACUCAUGUGUGUUCUCCUCCACUCAUGUGUGUUCUCCUCCACUCAUGUGUGUUCUCCUCCACUCAUGUGUGUUCUCCUCCACUCAUGUGUGUUCUCCUCCACUCAUGUGUGUUCUCCUCCACUCAUGUGUGUUCUCCUCCACUCAUGUGUGUUCUCCUCCACUCAUGUGUGUUCUCCUCCACUCAUGUGUGUUCUCCUCCACUCAUGUGUGUUCUCCUCCACUCAUGUGUGUUCUCCUCCACUCAUGUGUGUUCUCCUCCACUCAUGUGUGUUCUCCUCCACUCAUGUGUGUUCUCCUCCACUCAUGUGUGUUCUCCUCCACUCAUGUGUGUUCUCCUCCACUCAUGUGUGUUCUCCUCCACUCAUGUGUGUUCUCCUCCACUCAUGUGUGUUCUCCCUUCCACUCAUGUGUGUUCUCCUCCACUCAUGUGUGUUCUCCUCCACUCAUGUGUGUUCUCCUCCACUCAUGUGUGUUCUCCUCCACUCAUGUGUGUUCUCCUCCACUCAUGUGUGUUCUCCUCCACUCAUGUGUGUUCUCCUCCACUCAUGUGUGUUCUCCUCCACUCAUGUGUGUUCUCCUCCACUCAUGUGUGUUCUCCUCCACUCAUGUGUGUUCUCCUCCACUCAUGUGUGUUCUCCUCCACUCAUGUGUGUUCUCCUCCACUCAUGUGUGUUCUCCUCCACUCAUGUGUGUUCUCCUCCACUCAUGUGUGUUCUCCUCCACUCAUGUGUGUUCUCCUCCACUCAUGUGUGUUCUCCUCCACUCAUGUGUGUUCUCCUCCACUCAUGUGUGUUCUCCUCCACUCAUGUGUGUUCUCCUCCACUCAUGUGUGUUCUCCUCCACUCAUGUGUGUUCUCCUCCACUCAUGUGUGUUCUCCUCCACUCAUGUGUGUUCUCCUCCACUCAUGUGUGUUCUCCUCCACUCAUGUGUGUUCUCCUCCACUCAUGUGUGUUCUCCUCCACUCAUGUGUGUUCUCCUCCACUCAUGUGUGUUCUCCUCCACUCAUGUGUGUUCUCCUCCACUCAUGUGUGUUCUCCUCCACUCAUGUGUGUUCUCCUCCACUCAUGUGUGUUCUCCUCCACUCAUGUGUGUUCUCCUCCACUCAUGUGUGUUCUCCUCCACUCAUGUGUGUUCUCCUCCACUCAUGUGUGUUCUCCUCCACUCAUGUGUGUUCUCCUCCACUCAUGUGUGUUCUCCUCCACUCAUGUGUGUUCUCCUCCACUCAUGUGUGUUCUCCUCCACUCAUGUGUGUUCUCCUCCACUCAUGUGUGUUCUCCUCCACUCAUGUGUGUUCUCCUCCACUCAUGUGUGUUCUCCUCCACUCAUGUGUGUUCUCCUCCACUCAUGUGUGUUCUCCUCCACUCAUGUGUGUUCUCCUCCACUCAUGUGUGUUCUCCUCCACUCAUGUGUGUUCUCCUCCACUUGUCUUUCCCUCCUCUUUCCUUCCGUCCCCUCCGUCCCUCGUUCGAUCUCUCGGGACGACAAGGAGAAGGAGGCACUGGCCCAGGCAGAGAGGCAGCUGGAAGCGCAGCAGGCAGAGCUGCGGGCGCUGGAGGCAAAGCAGGCUGCGCUAGCGGACGACCUCAAGGCCAGGUUCUGGAGCACCGGUUACCCGCCGGACUCGUCCGCGAAGCACGAGGAUGCGGCGAAACACUCGUUUAGUCUUAAGAAGCUGUUUGGAGCGAAGUCGGGGAAGUCUAAAGAGGAGGAGGCGAAAGCGCGAGACGCGGAGAUUAAGUUUGUCUUGCAGGCCGCCGCGACGCCGUUAGCUUCGGUUCCGAAGCAAAUAAGUCUGCCUCGACCGACGACUCCCGAACUAACGCAGAACCAACGCACCACGAGGGACGUUCUCAAGAAGUACAUAGCGGCAUCCGGCGGCUACAACUCACACAUGGCGCAGCAGGGCUCCGUGAUUUCCGGCCACGUCACCAUCUGGGCAUCUGAGGUGGUCAUGGGCGACAAGACGGUCUACGCCGCCCCGAUCGCGGGCGGCCGCGGCGGCGCUGACGUGGCGAAGGGGACGUUCCGCGUGGUGCAGAUGCCGCCCAACAUGUGGCACGUGGCGGUGGCUAUGGGCGACACGCGGAUUGACGCCACGUGUGACGGCGAGCUGGUGUGGCGGCGGAGCAGUUGGGGCCCCUCCACGACGGCUAAAGGGCCUGUGCGACCACUCAGGCAUUUGCUAGCGGGCCUGGACCCGCCCACAGUCGCAGAUGUGUUUGCCUCAGGAGAGUAUCAGGGAGACGAGGGCAUAGAGGGCGACGAGUGCAUGUGCGUGAAGGUGAUGGCCAACCCGCUCGCCCUCAUGUCCAUGAGCACGGGCGGGGGCAACGUGGGCGGCAAGCAGCAGGACGUGUGUGACGUGCUGGCGUAUCAGGUGGAGGGGUUCUUCAGUAAAGCGUCGGGGCUGCUCAUUGGGCUGCGCGACCAUCACCUUACGAAAACCAAGACAGCGAGCAACAGCACGAUCUACUGGGAGAGGGUGAUGGUGACGCGGGUGGGGGACUUUCAGCCCAUGGAGGGCGGCAUGAUCAUCCCCCACAGCGGCCGCUCCGUGCUCUCUCUCGCCAAGCGCUGCGAUGACGACACGUCAGGGACGAUACGCGCAUGGGUGAGAGAAGAGUGGGGCGUCGACUCGGUCACACAGGACGCCACGGCCAUGCAGGGGUUGCUAGCACGGCCAGCAGAUUUGAUUAUGACGGCUAGUUCUGCGUCUUUGCAUAGAGGGUGA